AGUCCUUGUUUGCACUCUGGAAGUGGGAACAAUGCUGCAGGCGCGGCUGCAGGCUGCAGGCGGCGACUCGCUGUUCUGCUCAUCCAUCUGUUUAUGUCUUGUGGUGCCAAAAGAGUCAAAAGGGAUUCAGAUGAAUCUUUCAGAUUAAUGGAUUGGAGUCUAGUUUGGGGUCUUGGGCUGCAAAAUUUGAAGGCCAUGGAAGACUGACAUCUGUUUUGGCUUACUAGAAGACUUUUUUGUCAUUUAAUUGUAUCACAGGGAAUUCUUCAACUGUGAAAGUCUUUUCAUAAAGCUAGUGGACUACCGGCAGCAUGAUGACGACGAGGGAUACUGAUAGCAUGGAAUUCUUCAUGGUUGCCUUGCUUACUGGAUGCUAAUUCAGAAUGCGGACCACAAGAGUAAACGUUGAAGUGUUCCUUUUGUGUGUAUCUGGCCUAGAGAAGACUUUGAUUGCCAUGUCAAUCCUCUUCUCUCUUGCCUUGCAACACCCAGUUAAUUGAAGCUUGAGAGAAGUGUUACUGAUUGUUGGUUCCCGUCAAAUCAAAAGUUGUAUCCUUCAUCGCAAGAAAAUGAAAUUUCCAUUUUAUUGGCUUUUUGUCAAACAGACACAAUAAUAUUUCCUUCUGGAAAUCCUGGGAUACAAACUGUUUUGGGUAUGGCUACUGAUCCCACGUGAUAGAGGUGUGUGGCACCAACCUUGGGACUCAUGACUGGGUAUACAAUGUUGCGGAAUGGGGGAGUAGGGAAUGGAGGCCAACCUUGGAUGCUACGAUGGUCUAGUCGGAUUCGACUCACUUGGCUUAGCUUCACAUUAUUCAUUAUCCUGGUCUUCUUUCCGCUCAUUGCCCAUUACUACUUAACCACCAUAGAUGAUGUCGAUGAUGCUGGCAAGCGCAUCUUUGGUCCCCGCAUAGGUAACGAACUUUGUGAGGUGAAGCAUGUUGAGGAUUUAUGCCGAAUUCGAGAGUCAGUGAGUGAAGAGCUGCUCCAAUUGGAAGCUAAGCGGCAGGAGUUAAACAGUGAGAUUGCCAAGCUGAAUCUCAAGAUUGAGGCCUGCAAGAAAAGCAUUGAGAAUGCGAAGCAGGAUCUUCUGCAACUAAAGAAUGUUAUCAGUCAAACAGAGCAUUCAUACAAAGAGUUGAUGGCUCAGAACCAGCCCAAGCUUUCUCUGCCGAUUCGGCUGCUACCAGACAAAGAUGACUCUAGUUUUCCCAUGCCAAAAUCCAAUAGAAACUGCCGGCUGCAUAAUUGCUUUGACUAUUCACGUUGUCCACUAACCUCUGGUUUUCCAGUAUAUGUCUACAACAGUGACCAGUUUAACUUUGGGAGCUCAUUGGAUCCUUUAAUUAAGCAAGCCUUUGAAUCCACUGUCAGAACUAACAUAUACGUUACUGAAAAUGCAAACAUUGCCUGUCUCUACAUUGUCCUAGUAGGGGAAAUGCAGGAACCUGUAAUGUCUAAACCUACUGAAUUAGAACAACAGUUGCACGCUCUGCCAUAUUGGAGGACAGAUGGACAUAACCAUCUCAUUAUUAAUUUAUCCAGGAAGUCAGAAACUCAAAAUUUCCUUUAUAAUGUCAGUACUGGGAGGGCCAUGAUUGCCCAGUCCACCUUUUAUGAUGUACAGUAUCGUCCAGGUUUUGACAUUGUAGUAUCUCCUCUUGUCCAUGCCAUGUCUGAACCCAACUUCCUAGAGAUCCCACCCCAGGUGCCAGUAAAGAGAAAAUACUUAUUCAGUUUCCAAGGGGAGAAGGUUGAAUCUCUCCGAUCCAGCUUGCAAGAAGUACGAUCAUUUGAGGAAGAAAUAGAAGGAAAUGCACCAGCAGAUUAUGAUGAUAGGAUCAUUACCACAUUAAAGGCUGUUCAAGACAGCAAAUUGGACUUUGUCUUGGUGGAAUUUACAUGUAAGAAUCAGCCAAAGGCAAGUUUGCCCACUGAGUGGGCUCUUUGUGGAGAAAGGGAAGACAGACUACAGCUACUGAAAUUAUCUACUUUUGCACUGAUAAUCACUCCAGGUGAUACACAUCUUAUGAUCUCUGCUGGCUGUGCAAUGAGACUGUUUGAGGCUCUAGAAGUUGGUGCUAUUCCAGUCAUCCUUGGAGAGCAAAUCCAACUGCCUUAUCAUGAUGUAAUUUGGUGGAAUGAGGCGGCCUUAAUCAUACCAAAGCCACGUAUUACAGAAGUGCACUUCCUUCUGAGGAGCAUUUCUGAUAAUGACCUCUUGGCCAUGAGGAGACAGGGCCGCUUCUUAUGGGAAACUUACUUUUCCACUUCAGACACUGUUUUUAGCACAGUCUUGGCUGUCAUAAGGACUCGAAUCCAAAUUCCAGCUGUUCCCAUUCGAGAGGAAAUGGCGGUGGAGAUCCCUCACCGUUCUGGCAAAGCUGCUGGCACAGAUCCCAACGUGGCAGACAAUGGAGAUUUAGAUUUGGGGCCAGUAGAAACUGAACCACCUUACUCAUCUCCUAAAUAUUUACGCAAUUUUACUCUCACAGCAAUGGAUAUUUACAGAAAUUGGAACUCAGCUCCUGGUCCCUUCCACCUUUUUCCUCACACACCCUUUGAUCCUGUACUACCCUCAGAAGCCAAGUUUUUAGGGUCAGGCACUGGAUUUCGACCUAUUGGUGGUGGAGCUGGUGGCUCUGGGAAGGAGUUCCAAGCUUCAUUGGGUGGCAAUGUUCCCAGGGAGCAGUUUACAGUGGUCAUGCUAACCUACGAGCGAGAGGAAGUCUUAAUGAACUCCUUAGAGAGACUCAAUGGUCUCCCUUACUUAAAUAAAGUUGUAGUGGUCUGGAAUUCCCCAAAACUACCAUCAGAAGAUCUCCUUUGGCCAGACAUUGGUGUUCCAAUUGUGGUUGUACGGACUGAGAAGAAUAGUUUGAAUAAUCGGUUUCUGCCCUGGGAUGAGAUUGAAACAGAAGCCAUUUUGUCCAUUGAUGAUGAUGCCCACCUUCGCCAUGAUGAGAUCAUGUUUGGAUUUCGGGUCUGGAGAGAAGCUCGGGACCGCAUUGUAGGAUUCCCUGGGAGGUACCAUGCAUGGGACAUCCCUCACCAGUCCUGGCUCUACAAUUCCAAUUACUCAUGUGAACUGUCCAUGGUGCUGACGGGUGCUGCUUUUUUUCACAAAUACUACGCCUACUUGUAUUCUUAUGUGAUGCCACAGGCCAUCCGUGAUAUGGUAGAUGAAUAUAUAAACUGUGAGGAUAUUGCCAUGAACUUCCUGGUUUCUCAUAUUACUAGGAAACCACCAAUCAAGGUGACUUCCCGGUGGACUUUCCGUUGCCCUGGCUGUCCUCAGGCACUCUCUCAUGACGACUCCCAUUUUCACGAGCGGCACAAAUGCAUCAACUUCUUCGUCAAAGUCUAUGGCUACAUGCCCUUGCUGUAUACGCAGUUCCGUGUUGACUCAGUCCUCUUCAAGACCCGGUUACCACAUGACAAGACUAAAUGUUUCAAAUUCAUCUAAACAUAAGACACAGCUGUGGAUGUCUGGAACUGGCCUAUGGACAAGGCAGAAAGGUCAAUGAAUUGGGAGACAGUUGCCCCUUUCUGUUUAUACUGGGAUGCAAGCCCUGCCAGAACUGUGUGGCACAGGACUCCGUUGAACGAGACAGCUUUGACUCAUUUAUUCAGAAAAAAAUAAAAGACUUUCUUUAGAUCCCCAGUAAGUUGUUUCACCAAGGGUAUAACUGGGGUUUUAAAAAUAUUAAUUAUUAUUUAAAAUGAAAGUGUUUUAGAUAUGCUUUUAAAGACCUUUUGGGAGGAGGGAGGAAGGAGGGGUAUUGUUUGAUUUCUUUUUUUUCUUCCCAGCACUAAUGAUGCUUGGAGGGAAGGAGAGACCUAAGAAAUUCCUGUAUUCCUCAGUGAGCAAGUUAUGCAGUUGGGAAAGUUGGAUUUGGUCACCAGAGGCUCAUAACUGCUUGCUCUUUGGUCUAAUGUGCUUCAAAUCUGCUCAGGAUUUCACAGAGGAAAUUACACAUUCCCUCCACACGGAAUCCCAGAUCUCAUCCGUUUCCCUUAGUAGUUCCAAGGAGCUAAUUGCUAUGUUCAAGCUUUUUCCUUCUUUUCUCUCUCACUGACCUCAUUGUAAAGCAAGGUCCUCCCAGAACGCUGCCUGUCCUGUUUGCCUGCUGAUGGAUUAUCUCACAACACCACCGGUAGCUUCCUGUCUGUGCUCCCAAUGGUUCACCGCUGCUGCUGUUGCCUCAGGGGAAAGAGAGCUGAAACCUCCUUCCUACUUUUCCUUCCCAGAUCCUAGAUGCUGCUUUUUCUGCCAUUAACAAAGCUCUGCCUUGGAAGCUUUGGUUGAACUCAGAGGUCUUGAUUGACAGAUUAUUUAUUGAUUCUGUUUUCAUGCCAAGUUUCCUUAUGGUUAACUGGACCAUGGUUUUAUUCAAUUGACCCAAUUUUCUGGGUUUGCAUGACAUACUGAAACGCAGACUAAUUGCUCAGGCUGAGUUUGGGCAGCAUGGGAAGCUAACCUGGUGGAUUGCUAAAUUUGUAUUUCAAUGAGUCAUGUGAAUACAGCUAUAAAAUAUGGGCAGCUAUGUUACUUAUGAGCAUAGUGUCAACAGAACAGCAUGUUUAAAGAAGCAGAUGUGUCUGCAGGGAGGCUGAUCGGGAGUGUAGAAAAGAAUGAGAUCUUUGUUAAACCAUUUGGAUGAGGACUUGUAGCGAAUCUGCCAUAAUUCUACAUCUCUUGCAUGUGCAGAUAUUUUCUGUCCCCUGCCUUCCUUCUAUAUGGUUGAUGGCCUGCUGCGUUCAAGACAAAAAGCUGGUUCUGGCUUGCUAAUGGAAUCUGUAUCGAUUCUGAUCUCCAGGAUCAAUUCUGCAGACACAGGCAUGAACUCAAUAGGUUUCUCUGGCCUAGUUUUGUAGCCCUUUUCCUCUUGGUAUCCCUUUUUCACUUUUAACUACAUUCAUAGCUGUUGUUAAAACAUUCUGGAAAUCUCUUAUUGGCAAUGCGUGUGUAGGUAUGUGAGUGAGCCUCAACUUAUGUAUAAGCUCCAUUUUUUUCUAAAUUUGUUUUUUGUGCCUAGUCCUUUCAUACCCAAAAUUGCUAAUUUUCAAAGAGGUCCAUUCCAGUAUGACUCUUUCCUAAAGUAGGCCACCAGUAAACAGUUUUGGAGCAACUGAAAAAUGAGUGUAAUAACUGCUGUCAUUUCUAAACCCCUAACCUUAAUUGAGUCUCCACUUCAGCUUUUUAUUUUUAUUUGUGGAAAGAUAAUAAUAAAUUACCCAUAUUCCUAUAGCAUCUAUAAAAAGUUGGCACUCCUGUAACAAAUGUUUCUGAGGGAAUAUAAUUUCUAUGUGCCUCUCCCCCAUGGACCAUUUGGUAAUGCCAAAACUUCCGUAGAGUUGCAUUGCUUAUUUGUAGCUUAACUGUAUUGAAUGUUACCCAUAUUUGGGCAGCAUUAACUACCCAUUUCCUUAUUUCCCCUUUUAACAUUUACUCUAAAUUACAAAUGCUCACAGUUAUCAGUCCUAUCAUAGUCUUAAGGAAUGGCCAAUCCUACAUAAAUAUAUAGUCUCAUUUGCAUGAGAACAACACAGAUCUGUCCUUGAUAAAGUAGCAGAACACCGUGCCUGUAUAGGUCUUCCCAGCCACCUGUGGACACACUGUGGACAGCCUAGAACUCCUUUAGAUGUCAAGAUCCUCUUCGAACAUGAUGGACAAACAUCGGGCAGAACAGCUCUUCAUGGUGCUGAUCAUUUCUCACUGAAGUGGGUCCUUGUCCCACAUUUAUACUGCAGUUAUAUAGUGAUGCUGCAGAACUCCUAGGUGGCUGAAUGUCCUCCAAAGAAAAGGCAAAAGGCAGGGCAAGUUGGAAGUAUGUCAUCAAUCACGUUUGGUUUAAGUUGAGUUUAACCGGCCUGUAGUGACCUCUCUUUUGCACAUUUAGGUUUGCAUGCUCAUACGGACUUUUCAGGGCAUUGUUCAUUAUAUUCAAUUUAAACGAAGCCUUUUGGAGAUGAAGGUAGCUAUAUGUGGAAGGUAUUUUGUCUUAUUCUGACUCUUGCUACUUGCAAGAGAAAAUUACUUCCUGGCAAAUAUGUGACUCACCCCUUUUUCCAGGCUGAGCAAUGCAUUUGCUUAUCCAGUUCUUUCAGGCAUCAAUUUUGAGUUGAGCUUGUAUUUUUUUCUUAAGCUUGGAGUGUUUACGCUGCAACAGGAGUCCUUCCAUCUUUGUGUUGUAGCUUGCAAUUAAUCCAAGUUGUUCCCCUCAAUAGGUAGGGCUGCUCUGAUUGUCCAUAGUAAGCUGUGAUGCUUCCAGACCUCUAUAUGUAUGAGGAAACCCGGAUUACAAUGCUAAUAUGCUUCAAAGACAUAACAAGUGGCCUUUGUUCAGUUAUAAAGUUUAUAACACACUUACCCUCUCUUGGAUUUUAAGUAUCUACUGGUGAUCACUUUAAAUAUAAUCCCAAAUAUGAAUUUGAAAAGGCAUAGAAUGUGAAGAAGCUUAGAUUGAAUCUUACUCUACUGGAUUCUCUAUUUCAUGCUUGAUCUGCUGGGGGGAAUGAAAAUUGUUGCUUUCAAUCUAUCAUUCUUCCAGUGAAAUGAGAAGAAAAUAAGCAAUCAUAUGAAUUGUCCUUUUAUCAGGCCUUCAAAUUAAUCAGCAGAUCUCACCAUACCUUGAGCACGCAUGAUAAAAAUUUCCAAUUGACACUCUGUUGUAUGCUUUUCUGUCAAAAUGGUGGAUCUCCUUUCCUUUGAGAAGAUGAGCCAACAGGAAGGUAAAAUAGAGGGGAAACUUCCUGUUUUGUGGCAUUCUGGAAUGCCAACCACUGUAAAUGGUCCUUCCUUUCUCCCUACUCUGCUACAGGGGAUUUUUUUAAAAGCUCAGCAUCACAUUUUAAAUAAUGGGUUAAGAAAAAAAACCUGAGUCUAAAGCCUUGGGGCUCUAAAACCUUGAGCACAAUACUCCUAUGCUGAAUUUUGUAAAA